AUGAUCCAGUUCAUUGUGUUGUGUGUUUUGCUACCACGGCAUGAGGCGCAUCUUUUGAGCGACUGUGUUUGCCAUCUGGACAACGAUAUUCAUGACUGCGCGUGUUCGUCUAAAUCCGUCGACAAAUUCAACAACGAUAAGAUUCAACCGAUUCUUAAGCAGCUCCUGCAGAAAGACUGUUUCAGGUAUUACAAGGUGGAUAUGUACAAAGAGUGUCCGUGGUGGCCCAGCGGUAGCCAGUGUACUUCACGCGAGUGUGGCAUAGAGAGUUGUGAUGACGAAGUACCAGCUGCUCUGAAACUCAAGCGUACUCCUAAGCUUAAAGAGUGCCAGCAAGGAGAUGAGAUCGACCCGUUGGACAAACACAUCAGUCCUUGGCAGAAAGAGCAGUUUCUGGUUUGGGCGGAGCAUGACGACAUGCAAGACAAGUAUUGCGAUGUUGACGAUGAAGAUUCCGACAAACUGCAUUACGUCGACUUGACCCGCAAUCCGGAACGCUACACCGGUUACAAGGGUAGCAGCGCACAGCAAGUUUGGAAAAGCAUCUACCAAGAAAAUUGUUUCAAGCCAGAUCCAAAAUUUGACAAAAACUAUCUGCGGUAUCCUUUUUCGUUGAACGGAGCCAGUGGAUUAACUGAAGGAACAUGGCAUAGAAACGUGGAUAUGUUCAAAUAUCGUUUUGGUGCUGAAUACACGAAUGGCGAAGGACCGCAGCGGUUAAAAAAUUUGUACUUCCUGUAUCUGUUGGAGCUAAGAGCUCUGCAGAAAGUAGCUCCUUACCUCAGCCAAGACCUCUUUUACACGGGCAGUGACGAAAAUGACAUGGAGACAAUGGACCUCAUUUCGAAGAUGAUUCACGCAAUAGAGUCGUUUCAGACCCCAUUUGACGAAAAUAGCCUCUUCCAGGGGGACGCGAUUUUGGCGAUGUCUCUGAAGGCGGAAUUUCGCGCUCACUUUAUGAACAUUUCUAGAAUAAUGGAUUGUGUUGACUGUGACAAGUGUAGGCUCUGGGGAAAGUUACAGACUCAUGGAAUUGGAACGGCUCUGAGGAUUUUGUUUUCUGACCUGCCGAGAGUUAGUCACGUUGGUCAGGUUGGCGUAAGAGACAGGAAACGAUUUCAGUUGCAGAGGAAUGACGUCGUGGCAUUGUUCAAUUCGUUUGCCCGUCUUUCGAGCAAUAUUCACGAAGUCGGUGAGUUCCAGAAGAUUCUCAGUAGCUCUGUCCAGUAA